AUGGCUACCGCGAUCUACCCUCUCCAUUUCCUGUUUCUACUGUCGUUCUCUUUAAUUCUCCAUAAAUCCAGCUCUUAUCCAGGUACUUCUAGCUCCAUUAUCAACCCUGCCAAAGUCAAACAAGUCUCUUGGAAGCCAAGGGCAUUUGUGUACGAAGGAUUUCUAACGGACUUAGAAUGCGAUCACUUGAUUUCUCUGGCGAAAUCGGAGUUGAAAAGAUCAGCAGUGGCUGAUAAUUUGAGUGGAAAGAGUAAACUUAGCGAAGUUCGAACAAGUUCUGGAAUGUUUAUUCCAAAAGCAAAGGAUCCAAUUGUUGCAGGUAUAGAGGACAAGAUUGCAACGUGGACUUUUCUUCCAAAAGAGAAUGGGGAAGACAUGCAAGUAUUGAGAUAUGAGCAUGGGCAGAAAUAUGAUCCCCACUAUGAUUACUUUGCUGACAAAGUUAAUAUUGCCCGUGGUGGACACCGGUUGGCAACUGUACUCAUGUAUCUUACAGAUGUUGUAAAGGGUGGUGAAACAGUGUUCCCCUCAGCCGAGGAACCUCUGCGUCGUAAAGCUUCCGUUAAUCAUGAAGACCUUUCUGAAUGUGCAAGGAAAGGAAUUGCAGGUGAGCCACCACACAGAUUACAAAUGGGGGAUGCACUUCUUUUCUAUAAUCUCCAUCCAACUGCUGUUCCAGACAUAAGCAGCCUUCACGCAGGGUGCCCUGUGAUUGAAGGUGAGAAAUGGUCUGCCACAAAGUGGAUUCAUGUGGACUCAUUUGACAAGAACGUGGAAGCUGGUGGGAAUUGUACUGAUCAGAAUGAAAGUUGUGAGAGGUGGGCUGCCCUUGGAGAAUGCACAAAAAACACUGAGUACAUGGUUGGAUCUCCGGACCUUCCUGGAUAUUGUAGGAGGAGUUGUAAGAGUAAAAGCAUGGAGGUUUUUCAGAUGCAGAGAACAUGGAUUGAAUAUACAAGGUCCUUGUUUAGAGAGGGGUUUCUGGAUGCCCAGUUUCAACAGCUUCAGCUUCUGCAAGAUGAGAGCAACCCAGAUUUUGUUGCUGAAGUGGUUUCUCUCUUCUUUGAAGAUUCUGAGAGGCUUCUGACUGAUCUCACAUCUGCCUUAGAACAUCAAAGUAUCGACUUCAAAAAGGUUGAUGCUCAUGUUCACCAGUUGAAGGGUAGCAGCUCCAGCAUAGGCGCACAGAGAGUUAAAAACGACUGUAUCGCUUUCCGCAGCUUCUGUGAGGAACAGAACAUUGAAGGGUGCCUGAGAUGCCUGCAGCAAGUGAAACAGGAUUACUGUCUUGUGAAGAGCAAGCUUGAAGCACUAAUCAGGCUGGAGCAACAGAUUGUGGCAGCUGGUGGGUCGAUUCCUAUGGAAGAAUUGAGUUUUUAA